CCCAGGUAAGAAGAGGCUGCUCUUCUUGGCUUUGGGGUUCUUUCUCCGCGUAACGUGUGGUCUCUGAUAUUCAACCCUCCUCUGCCAGCAUAGGCUGCAUGAGGCGGGGGCGGGCUCCCGCAUUCCUGCUCGGCGGAGGGGCCGCUCUGCUCCUGUCGCUGUUUUGGAUGCCGACACUGCUGCCUGCAGCCUCUCGCCUUCUGUUGCUACCCCGAGCCCUGCUGUCCAUGGCUUCAGGAAGUCCCCCGGCCCAGCCCUCGUCGGCCUCGGGCUCCGCCUAUGUCCCCGGCUCGGUCUCUGCGGCCUUUGUCACCUGCCCCAACGAGAAGGUCGCCAAGGAGAUCGCCAGGGCUAUGGUGGAGAAGCGCCUCGCAGCCUGCGUCAACCUUGUCCCUCAGAUUACAUCCAUCUAUGAGUGGAAAGGAGAAAUUGAAGAGGACAGUGAAGUGCUGAUGAUGAUCAAAACCCAAAGUUCCUUGGUUCCAGCUCUGACGGAUUUUGUUCGGUCUGUGCACCCUUAUGAAGUGGCCGAGGUGAUUGCAUUGCCUGUGGAGCAGGGGAACCCCCCGUACCUACAGUGGGUGCGCCAGGUGACAGAGUCGGCUCCUGACUCCAGCACAGCCCCGCUGUGAUGAACCUUUGUUCUUGCCAUGGUUUUCCUCAUAAAUUUCAACACUCCUACCUUGUGAUGACUGGACUCUUAAUAAAUUCCAUUUUUAGCUCUCUCUUCCA